AUGGAGGAGCUCCGGGAGCUUUGGGCACUGGCGGAGCGCGGGCGCGUGGCUGAGGCGGAGCGCCGGCUGCGGCUCUGGGCCUCUGCAUCGCUGCCGGGCACGAGCGGUGCGGUUUUGGCAGCACUCUCCCUGCCCCCAAAGUACCAGGGCGUCGUCUUCCGCACCAUGCUGCUGGCCACGAUCAAUGCAGAUGAGCCGAGUGCUGCUGUCAGGUGGCUUACAGGCUUUGCCCGCCUACUUGAUGGCUCUUCCAGCAUGACCAUAGAGACCGAGCAAGGUGCGCCAGAUGUUGGUCCCGAUGGCACGGAAGUGCUGGGCCGGCUGCUAGGAAAGGUGCACGAGGGGACAGGAAUGGCUGACAGGUGGUUUGCCGCCCUCGAGUUUGCCGGCCCGCUGGCAGAGCUUCUGCGACACCGUGCCUUGCUGGCUGCGCACGCUGGCAACACUCCUACCGUGGAAAGGCUCCAUGACUUCAUGCUGAGCACCGUACCAAGCACAUGA